AUGUCGGAUAUGAUAAUAAAUGAUUCUGUCCCAGUGGAUAAGAAGUGGAGUGAACUUAUAAGAUACAAUAUCUUUAUUAUGAAACUUGUUGAAUUUGUAGUGGCUCUGCUUCUCAAUAUACUGCCUCAUGUUGUGACCCCGGUGGAUAUCUUACAAUGCUUGGUGGCCGGCCCCACUCUCAUGCUGACCACUCAAAUUAUGGUGCUUUAUGUGGUGGACCAAGUUCAGUAUGAGGCAGAAUUUUACUAUGUGAUAAUUCAGCUUCUAAUCACAAUAUGUGCAGUAAUCAACCUCUUUGUAAUUGUAGCGUUCAGUGUCAUAUUGAUGUAUAGUGAUGUGAAGGAAUCAAGAGAGCCAAAAACUAAUAUGAAGUAUCCGGUUAUACUUUGGUGGACUUUGGAAUUUCCAGGCACUUCAAAUGUUCGCCAUUGCUCAGACAGUAUUAAAUGUUAUGUGUAUAGUGAUAGACUUAUGAGUAAUAUCUACAAUACAGAAGCAUAUCUAUUUUACGCUAGCAAUAUUGAUUUUAAGAACCUUCCUAUCCCAAGGAGACCUGAUGAAAUAAUUUGGGCCCUGUUUCAUGAAGAAUCUCCAAGAAACGUUGAAGAGUUUUUACAUGAAAAAGCUCUUAAUUUAUUUAAUUUUUCGUCUACAUUCAGCAGACACAGCAAUGUUCCAUUUCCAUUACAACAUUUGUAUGCAUAUGAAGAUAUUACAAGCCCAAGAUAUUUUCUAAGUACUCAAUUGAAAAAUGAAUUGUUAAAAGAGAUUGCACCUGUACUGUACUUACAGAGUGACUGUGAAACUUCAACUGAAAGAGAUGCUUAUGUUCAAGAACUUAUGAAACACAUAAAAGUGGACUCUUACGGCAAAUGCUUGAAAAACAAAGAUUUACCACAGAAAUUUAAGGAGGAUUAUUUGAAUAAUUUGAAUGAAGAAACUUUUCUGCACUUUAUUGCAAGAUACAAGUUUGUAAUUGCUAUAGAAAAUGGAGUGUGCAAUGAUUAUGUUACGGAAAAGUUUUGGCGCGCCAUCAAAGUAGGCACUGUCCCAUUGUACUUUGGUUCACCGUCUAUAAGGGACUGGUUUCCAAACAAAAAGUCUGGAAUACUUUUGGAAGAUUAUCCAACACCAAAGAUUUUAUAUGAACAUAUAAUGGAAUUAAUGAAAAAUGAUAGUUUAUAUGAAGAAUAUUUAGAACAUAAGACAAAACAAAUAAUAACAAAUGAGAAUCUAAUAAAUGAAUAUAGACAGAGACCUUACCAAUUAGAUGGCAUAAAAACAUUGGAAGAAUUUGAAUGUUUUGUUUGUGAAAAAUUGUAUGAUAAAAUGAGAGGGGAAACUGGAGUAAAUGUUGUCAACAAGAGUCACUAUGACUGCCCAAAGCCAAUAUCAGCACUAACCUUAGGAGUGAACCCUCACAAUAGUUGGGUGUACUCUUGGGAAACGGCAGAAUCUAAUGCAGAAACAAUAUACAAAGAUAUAAUGAAUAGAGAUUAA